GUCCGGACAGUCCAACGGCAGAGGGCUCUCCAGCCAGAAAGCUGCUGCGCAAAAAGUCAUUUGAGAAACGCCAACGCCGCUGUGGCUCUUUCUUCACCCGCGCGCUUCUGUACGCAACCGACCGGCUGACAGAAUGGGUUGGCAUCCUUGGUGUGCGCAACGCGGGUGAGUAUACCCUUGUUUGUGUAUGGGCGGUCUGUGUGGUGCUGAUCACCUGCUUCACUGAGAUGACGUCCUCCACUGCCUACGGCAAGUUCGGCGAAGCCGCGACAUUUUCUGUGCCACCACAGGUUGGCUGGUGGCUCAUGGAGUUGCCAGUCACUCUAUCCUUCAUCUUCUUCUUCUUUCUUCGUCCAGGGCCACAGCAGAAAGCGCUGGUUCCGAGAAUCUGUGCGGCGGUCAUGUGCAUGCACUACACCUACCGCGGAUGGAUCUACCCUUGUUUGCUGCGACCGCAUCCCGGGGCUCGGAACAACUUCUCGCUGGUGCCGGCCUUGGGCGGCUCCCUGGUUACCAUCACGCAUG